AUGAAUACCACAACUCACGUUAUAGUCACAUCUUCAGCCGAAAUUUUACAUGAAUAUAGUGAGAGAUACAUAGUAAUAGUCAUAUUGUGUGAUUAUAGUGAUGAUUGGUAUAUAUCAUUAAACAUCGUGACUAUUGCGGGUGUGACUGUUGCGGGAGUUGACUGUAUAGCUUCGUUUUGA